AUGAAUGAAACGAUCAUAGUGCCGCUUACUGUUGAUAAUGAAUUAUAUCCAGCUUUGAUUCAAUGUUUCUUCAUUAUCUGCUGCGGCUACAUAGCCGGUCAGCUGAAUCUGUUAACAACUGCUCAUUCAAUCGGUUUAUCAAGGUACAUAAGUAACUUUGCAUUACCAGCGGUUAUAUUCAAGAAUCUCGUCGAUGUCCAAUUUCAAAGUGUUUCAUGGCAAUUUCUCACAUCUGUUCUGAUUAGUAAAUCAAUCCUAUUUUUAAUGACAGUUCUUCUGACGUAUAUUGUUGAACGUCCGAAAAACUUCGCUAGUAUGGGGCAUUAUGCGAUCAUGACUACUCAAAGUAAUGAUUUUGCACUGAUUCUACCUAUUAUUCAAGCAGUUUAUAAGCAAUCUCAUCCGGAAUAUAGUCGAUACAUUUACUUGAUUGCACCUAUCUCACUUGUCUUACUCAAUCCGAUCGGAUUUAUUUUGAUUGAGACGCAGACGCGUUUGGAUGAUCAACGGAGACAUCGCGAAAGAUCUUGGUCGUACUUUCAACUGAUAUCGACCAUUGUUGGAAACAUUGCUCAGAAUCCCGUCGUGAUAUGUACAUUGCUCGGAGUGAUAUUCAAUCAAAUAUUCCAUCAGCAUGUGCCAAGUUUAAUCGACGGUGUGCUCACGCCGUUAGCUCAAUCCUUUACAGCCACUGCGCUCUUCUAUCUCGGUCUAACAAUGGUCGGAAGACUUAGUCGAUUGCAUGCGCGUCUUGUUCUAACAGUAUUUCUACUCAGUACGAUGAAAUUGAUCAUCUUCCCGUUGAUUUUACGUCAAGCUGUUUUCUUUCUCGUCAAACCACUGGACGGGAAUCUGAACUAUACUUUGGAAUAUUCGAAUUUUGGAUUUUUAUAUGGAACAUCACCAACGGCACCGUCUGUGAUGUUUUAUGUUCCUGAAUCAAUGUUAUCCCUACAGGCAAUAGCGUCGACAGAACUGGUCGUUUCAACUCUACUAUCAGGACCUAUUAUUCUUGUUUCAGCAAAAAUGAUCAAUAUACGCACAUUGAGUACGAAAGUCACUGAAUGCUAUGACAUGUUAUUAACAACAACGGCUUAUGAUGUCAGUAUUCUAUCGUUAUUCUGUACAAUCAUUGUGUUAAUCGGAUUUUGUUUACGGCAUCGGUGGUUUAAAACAUCAUUUAUACAUAAAUAUACAUUCAUUUUUGUUGGUUUACAAAUGAUUUUAUCGAUAUGGACAAUAAUUAUGCACCAUAUUAAACUAUUUGCAUCAUUUACCAUGUCACCCAUAUUUGAUUUAGGCACUAUUUUCUUAGCAUUGGCUACGCGAACAUGGGCAACAAGUAUAUCCAUCGCGUUAAUGUUCAUAAUCUGUCACUCGAAUGAAUUAGCUCGUCGAUGUUCUUGGAUGUAUCAUAUAUUUGGUUGGUUUGUACCCGCAACGGUAUCUCUGAUCAUCUAUUUUUGCUCAUUGAUCAAUCAAUCAGAGGAAAUUCCGGAAUUAGUAGGCGUGGGAAAGCUAGGAAAACUCCAAAUAAUUCUCUCGAUUUUAUUACUCAAUGUAUGUGUUUUAAUCAACACGAUUAGUCUUCUUCGUAUCGCACGACGGACGUAUCAGUCAAGACACGAUCUAACCGAUCAUCGAUCAGAAACUAUUAGUGAUUCGAACCCUACAACGAAUGAAGUUCAAGCAUUGAUCGAUGAUAAUGAAGAAGACAUGGACACACCAUUCAUUUCUAGAGCGCCAGAAGAAGUGAACCUUGCUGAAGGUGAUGCACAAUUAUUUCGUCACAGCAUCCUUAUUGCCUUAUUGACGAUCGAUGCUGUCAUUUGUGUAGCGGUGCUAUUAUGGUUAAUCAUAUCGCGUGAUCGUGAUGGUAUUUAUUAUGAAUUACAGUUCUUAGACACGGUUUUACUUUACGGACAAGGUAUUAUUUCUUUUCUUGUCUUUGCAUUGGAUGCUGAUUUGCUUGUGCCGAUCUCGCGAAAAUUGAUGAAAAUAUUUUAUUGUUUUGGGCUCAGUCGAAACUAUGCACGAAAUCAAAACAGAACUGGUGGAACAUUGGAUUUUGAAAUUCACAUUCGGCCGGAAUUCAUCCGUCAUUCCAGUAUGAAGCAAUCGUCGGAACCAGUGUUUUGUGGAAAUGAGCUCUGUCAGUGGCUGAUAGAACAUGAAUACAUGGCUAAUGAAUCAAUGGCUCGAGCUUUUAUACAGCAGAUAGAAACAAAUCAACAAAUUGUUUGUCUCAAUCGAAAUCAAAAACCUGACGAUGUUUCCGAUCUUUCGACGAAUUGUCACAAAGAUACAUUGGACAUGGGUAGGCCGACAGCUGUUGUUUCCUCACCAUCGGUUACAAUUAGUGAUGAAGAAAUGAGUACGAUGCAAGACGAAGCUAUUGAGAAACUAAAUGAAAUCCGUAAACGAUACGCACUGAUGCAAAUGAACGACAAAGUUUUUAUUUUGGGUGGUUACGCCAUCGAUAGUAAAACGGGAAGAAAGAGAAUACCCAAACAUGAUUAUUUUUACGAUCAUAAUAAGAAAGAAUUGGUUCCUAUUCCUGCAUUGCCUGGUCAUGGUCGAAUGGGUUUCGGAUUAGUCACCACUGACGACGAUAAGAUCAUUGUUGCUGGUGGACACAAUUUCGAUUUUGAAUCAAUGUCAAAUGUAACUAUGCUUGACACACAAGCAGAAGUACUCCAGUGGCAAGAUUUACCGAAUAUGCCCAAUGGUACUAUUGGUUCUGGUGCAGGCAUUAUGUAUAAUGUUCUUUACAUCAUUGGUGGAUUUGAUUUUGUCGGAUACGAUAUAGUCUGUCAUGGUGAUGUACUUGCGCUGGAUUUGGUUAAGAAACAAUGGAAAAUAUUAACGAAUAUUGAUCCACCUCGAGCUCGACCGUUAGUUAGCAUCAACGACCAUGUCAACCCACCCACAUUAUAUAUUGCCGGUGGCUAUAGUUUUAGUGAAAGAGGCCAAAUUGUUCCAUGUGGUAGAAUCGAAGAAUAUCAUGAAGAAGAGAAGACGUGGCAAGUGAUUGCUGACAUACCGCAUUUCAAGACAACAAACGGAUUGGCGACGAAAAACAACAAACUAUUCCUGAUGAAUGUCGUGCCUGAGACCGGCGAGAAUCGUGUUAUUAAAGAAUAUAACCUUGAAACGCGUCAAUGGAAGAGCUUGCAUGAUCUGAAACGAUCAUCCUCUCAUCAUCUUAAAAAAGAAUCAUCGCGAAUCAAACUCGCCGACGAACAGACUGAAGAAAAGGUUGACGAGUAA